UCCCAGCCUUAGCACACAUGUUAUGCUAAUUCUACAAUAUAUAUUUAAAUCCUGAAGUUUAAGUAUCAAGAAAGUAGGUAAAUAAUUGAAAAUAAUGAGUGAGAAAAAGGCGCAACCAAAUCCGUUGAAGGCCAAGCUCCGCUUGGAUGUGGACGCAAGACUGGCGGCCAUGACGGAUGAGGACCGCGAGCGACAGUCCAGGAUCAUUGUGAGUAAGAUUCUCGCCCACCCAAAAUACAAAUCAGCUAAAAGGAUAUCCCUAUUCCUGAGCCUGCCGACAGAGAUCCCAACGGAGCCUAUCCUCAACGACAUUCUGUCGCGGGGAGACGCGGCUUUCGUGCCACAAUACGGGCGCGGGCAGAUGAGAAUGCUGAGAGUCUUGCCGGGGGACAUGGAGGAAAUGGUUGAGACUAGCUGGAAAAUUAAACAGCACAGGAAGGAUGCGGUUAGGGAGGAUGCUAUGGAGAAAGGUCUAGACCUAGUGAUAGCCCCUGGAGCGGCCUUCACCCGCGACGGGCGGCGCUGCGGGCACGGCGGCGGCUAUUACGACCGCUACCUGACCGCACUGCGCACGCAGCACGCCCGUGUCUAUGUGAUGGCCGUGGCCUUCCACCAGCAGCUGUACCCGGAGGUGCCCGUGGACGAUACUGAUGUCCAGGUGGAUGAGGUUAUCACGGCCGAAUAGAUGGAUGGAGCUUAGGGAAACCGGCCGUUCCGCGAAUUCGCACGAAGCGCUUUGCUUCUUCUUUCCUUAUGCGCACUGCCAAGGAGUGGAAUUCCUUGCCGGCUGUAUUUCCGAGCUCAUAUAACCCGGCAACCUUCAAAUCAAGGGUGAACAGGCAUCUUCUGGGCGAGCUCACUCCAUCGUGGGCCACGUCUUUGCCUUUGGCUAGUCUGUGACCAAGAGUAAGCCUAUUUGUAAAAAAGAGGUUCUCAAUAAAUAAACGUUUGAAU